ACUUGUACUUAUGGCUCCGUUUAAUCGCUCAUAUGGGUGUGGCGAGCAGGAAUGUGCUUUUAUGGCCACCUUGUGUUCAUUCAUUCUCCGGAACGGUGUCGGUCACUAAAAUGCCUCCAUUAGAAUGCCUGUAUAUCGGCUUGAUCGUGCUGUGGGUGGUUUCCGUGUAGCAGAGAGCGGUGCAAACCGGCAGCACAACACGGGGAAGAAAACGCAGGGAAUUCGGAGACAUCGGGUUGUGUUUUUGCGCAAAGCAUGAAAAUGUGCUCGCUCUGUUAUUGCGUUCAUUCUGAGCUCCUUUAAAAAAAAAAAAAAAGUACAACCCAGAAAUUACUCUCAUCACGCCCCCAAUAGCCCCCCGACUCCUGGGAAACACACACACACGCACACACACAACUUUUGCGUCUACGUCGCCAGUCUGUCCGCUCACGGCGCGCCACCGUUUGGCUCCUUUUUAACGCGUUGUUUUGUUUUUCCUCCGCGGACACCCAGGACACGAGGAGCAGUGUGAACGUCGCUGUUUUUACAUCUGCAGGAGUUUUGCGGUGCGGCUCGUGCGAGGAACCGGAGGACGCGGAGACACGAGGUACCGUCCGCGCGCUCUCGCCGUUUCCGGCAUCCCCCCUUUCACCAGCAGCCGGUUUGGACUGCGUUACCCAGAUUGUCCGCUUCCUUCUCCGUUUGGCUUGAUGAGCCGCCGGAGUCCAUCAUCAAGACUUUUCAUUACAGCGUUUUUAUCCUCCUCCUCCUCCUCCUCAUCCUCUCCCGUUCUAUCGCGUUUUUCCAGUCCGACAUGGAAGAUGGGCCGCCUUCGACCAGCUGCUUCAGAAGGCUCGCGGACUGUUUUCUUGGCUCAAGUCUGACGGAUGAGAAAGUGAAGGCGUACCUUUCCCUGCACCCGCAGAUGCUGGACGAGUUUGUGCUGGAGAGCGUGAGCGCGGAGACGGUGGACAGAUGGCUGAAGCGCAAGAGCAGCGGCCCACCUACAGAUGAACCUUCGACUAAAGAAGUAAGCAGGCAGUACCAGGACACUAAUAUGCAGGGCGUGGUUUACGAGCUGAACAGCUACAUGGAGCAGCGGCUGGACACGGGCGGAGAUAACAAACUCCUGUUGUACGAAUUGUGCAACAUUAUCAAAACAGCUACAAAAGCUGAUGGUUUUGCACUAUACUUCCUUGGAGAAUGCAACAAUACCCUGUGUUUAUUCACGCCAACCGGGGCAAAGGAGGGGCUUCCCGGGCUCAUCCCCUCCGGUCCCAUUGUGUUCGGUACCACCAUAGCUGCUCACGUUGCCAAGACACGCAAGACACUACUUGUAGAAGACAUCAUGGGGGAUGAGCGGUUUCCCCACGGCACAGGGCAGGACUCAGGGAUCCAUGUUCACUCUGUUCUGUGUCUCCCCAUCCUCACGGCCAUCGGAGACCUGAUCGCCGUGCUGGAGCUGCACCGCAACCUCGGCCGAGAGCCCUUCAACCUCAGCCACCAGGAGGUUGCCACUGCAAAUUUAGCAUGGGCUUCUGUAGCUAUUCACCAAGUGCAGGUCUGCAGAGGUUUAGCAAAGCAGACGGAGCUCAACGACUUCCUCCUAGAUGUGUCAAAAACGUACUUCGACAAUAUCGUGGCAAUAGAUUCUCUACUUGAACAUAUCAUGAUAUAUGCAAAAAACCUGGUGAAUGCAGACAGAUGCGCCCUCUUCCAGGUCGAUCACAAUAACAAAGAGCUGUACUCUGACCUUUUUGAUAUCGGGGAGGAGAAUGAAGGGAGGCCGGUAUUUAAGAAAACCAAAGAAAUUAGGUUUUCUAUAGAGAAGGGCAUAGCGGGUCAAGUGGCACGAACAGGAGAGGUCUUGAAUAUUCCAGAUGCCUAUGCAGACCCACGGUUCAACAGAGAAGUGGACUUGUAUACCGGCUACACGACGCGGAACAUCCUGUGCAUGCCCAUCGUCAGUCGAGGAACCGUAAUAGGCGUCGUACAGAUGGUGAACAAGUUGAACGGAAGUGCCUUCACUAAAACCGACGAGAACAACUUCAAGAUGUUCGCCGUCUUUUGUGCUCUGGCCUUACACUGUGCAAACAUGUAUCAUCGGAUCAGACAUUCAGAGUGCAUCUACAGGGUGACUAUGGAGAAACUUUCAUACCACAGCAUCUGCACAUCUGAGGAGUGGAAAACCCUCACACAGCUUUCCCUUCCUACACCCAUAUACAAAGAGAUUGAACUGUUCCACUUUGAUAUUAGCCCUUAUGAGGAGCUCUGGCCUGCAGUCUUUGUGUACAUGGUUCACAGUUCAUGUGGGAAAAACAGCUUUGAGCUGGAGAAGUUGUGUCGCUUCACCAUGUCAGUGCGAAAGAAUUACAGACGGGUUCCCUACCACAACUGGAAGCAUGCUGUGACGGUGGCCCACUGCAUGUACGUCAUUCUCCAGAAAACCUCCGGAAUCUUCACUGAACUGGAGAGGAAAGGUCUGCUUAUAGCCUGCUUAUGUCAUGACCUGGACCACCGAGGCUACAGCAAUAGCUACCUGCAGAAGUUUGACCACCCUCUGGCGGCGCUGUACUCCACGUCCACCAUGGAACAGCAUCAUUUCUCCCAGACGGUGUCUAUCCUGCAGCUGGAAGGGCACAAUAUUUUCUCCAACCUGACUUCCAGCGAGUACGAGCAGGUGCUAGAGAUCAUCCGCAAAGCCAUCAUCGCCACCGACCUGGCACUCUACUUUAGCAACCGCAAGCAGCUUGCUGAUCUGCUGAGCACAGGCGCACUGGACCUAAACAACCACGCCCACAGGGACCGCGUAAUCGGCCUGAUGAUGACAGCGUGUGAUCUCUGCUCUGUUACAAAACUGUGGCCUAUCACUCGCCUCACAGCCAAUGACAUCUAUGCAGAGUUCUGGGCUGAGGGGGAUGAGAUGAAGAAGAUAGGAAUGCAGCCCAUUCCCAUGAUGGACAGGGAUAAGAAGGAUGAGGUUCCACAAGGACAGGUGGGGUUUUACAAUGCAGUGGCCGUACCCUGUUACACCACGCUGUCUGAGAUGUUCCCUCCAUCGUCUCCACUACUUCGAGCCUGCAGGGAAAACCUGAGCCAGUGGGAGCGCAUCGUUCGAGGGGAAGAGCCAUGUGCGUGGACUCCAUGUGAGGAACCAGAGCAGAGUGAGCUGCUAGAGACUGGACCAGUCAAAGUGGACAACUGACUUUGCCUGAGACCUUCAGCCUUGAACAGGACAACAUCCACACCCUGCCAGAGACACUGCACUUCCUUUAGAACAAUCCCACUUCUCUGAAGAUGGGAGGGAGCAGAGAGGCCAGGCAGGAGAGGUGAUAUUCACCAAGCAACUAAAGGAAGAAUGAAAAAAAAAAAAAAAAGAAGACAAAGAAAAACAAGCGUUACCUCAGUGGGUGACGGAGGUAGAGACUAAUUAUAAUGGCUCUUUAGAAAGCAGGAAUCGUUUGCCUCAAAUCUGCUGUGUGGCACCACCUUUGGUCUGAAUGGACUUCUUUAGCUUCGAGUGUUCCUCGGAUGGUAGCUUUUUUUAAUGUUUAGUUUUGAGGUGAAAUCUAAUUCUUUGUUUUUCAAAAUGGUUUCUUUUGUGGUCUUAUAUUUGAAGAGGCCUUAAAUCUGAACCUGCGGUUCCUACUAAAUAACUGGAGAGGGUUCAGGUUGUCUGAAACGGUACUUUAAUUCCUGCUGUGAUCAAAACAUCUAACGCAAAACCUACUUGGGAGAUUUGAGAGAGACUGUAGGGAGCGUAAAGGUGCACGAGGCGAGGCCAAGCACGGUGGCUGACUCGUGGAUGUAUUCUGAUCGUUUGUGCAAAGAUGUUUUGCAGUACUUGAAUGAAGAAAUACAGCCUAUUCUAUGUGGGAAGGCGAUUUGGAUGCAGAGGGAGAAAAACAAACCCUGCAGUGUAUCUGUCUGAAGUAACAGAGCUGUUGUGACGAAAGAAGCCGGAUCAUUCUGAACCUUACUGUAGUCACACGAGAGUCACAAUGUUCCGCUCUAAAAAUCUAUGACCAUUCAACCUGAUGUACAAAUCAGCCUUUGAUCCUCUUGUCCUAAAAGUGCUGGACCUUGGGCAAUCAAUUCAUUUCUAAGGCAAACAGUAAUAAAUGUUCUACACAGUGCAUUGUGACUCUAUAAUGACAGACACACAAACGUAAACUAGAAAUCCUCAUUAAACGGUAAUAUUUAAUUUGUAUUUAUAGACUUCCGAAAUGUUCACUGCACUCUCAGAUAGUCUCAGAUAGAUACUCUUCAUUUUUAUAUCACUGUCGUACGUAUGCACAAGACGAGUUCAGACAUACACACGUCUCAUUAGUGCUUAGCGUAAUACUACUGUAUAUGUAGGACAGGAAAGUAAACAACCACUAUGACAAAUGCAGUCCGGCUUGCUACCAUUUGUGCCCAGUUGUUUGUUAGGUUUUUCCCCCCCACUAAAAGUAAGACGUAGCAUUAAUAAUAACUGUUUCAAAUCAUCAACCCUGACCUUAAUAUUACAAGUUUCUAUUUGGGUUACGAAUAAAUGAUAGGUGGAAGCUUCUAAUACUAUUACGAGUAACAGAAUGAUUGCGACAUGAAAGACUAUUAGAACAUCGUAAAGCAAUAAGUAAAGGUUUCAUUAGAUCAUUACGAAACACUGAUUAAAAGUAUGGAAGGACAAACUUGGUGUGAGGAGUAAUAAAAUGGAGUAGUAAUAAUCAAGACAAGUCCCGAAGAUUUUCAAACCAUUAUGUGUAUAAAGAUGAAACACUGUGUUAAAAUACACACUGUGCUCUUAAUUUUUAAAAACUACAUUCAAGUGAGAUGGUAAGACACACAAUUGGGCUACACUUAAACACGGCCAAGGAUCAAUUAGAAUGAGGAAUCGCCUGUAAUAUGGCGACAGCGCGUUCUCUGAUUAAAUGGUUUGUUCUGAAAAUAGAGCGGUGUCAUGCAUGGUUUGCAUUUCUAUUUUGCAGCCUGUAAUACGUUGAGACAUGGCCAGAGCUGUGAGCGAAUUCGUGUGAAUGUAACCAACACUGACAAACUGCUUAACCAUGCCUGUAGGGGGUGGGGUGGGAGUUUACCAAAGGAGUACAAUGUCUGAUAUGGUCAUGUGUGUGUUCAGUAAGUACAGCUUCCAUUGCAGUGUGUGUGUGUGUGUGUGUGUGUGGUGUGUGUGAUUUUUCUCCCCGUUAAUACUUUUGGCACAUGUGCAAUGCGUGUGUGAAAUGUGUUUGUAUUCACAGACGUAAGCUACACUCUUAUGGUGCUACCUUAGGUCUUAGGCAGCCAUGCACUUUCAGAUCGUGUGUGUGUGUGUUUAUGCAUGUGCGCCCACCAUAACUGCUUAAAAACAAGAAUCUGAGUUAAGAGGAAGUUCACAGCAUUAUCCACCUCAGUGACUGAGCUCAGCCACCGCUUCUUUUUCUCCCCUCACAUGCACUAUGUUUAGAGACUAUUAUUAUUAAUACUAUUAUGUUGUCCUUAAUUUUAUUAUGGCUUCUAUUAUAUUGCUAUCAUUAAUGCAACCGUCAAUGAUUAUUAGCAUUGUUAUUUUCUUAAUUAGAAUUACAUUUUAAAUUAACUUAUAUUUUUUUAUACAAAAAAAAAAAGUUAGCAUUUUUGUUUUGUACAGAGCAAAGUUGUGCAUUAUUAAGUGAAUGGUCAUGUAGACCCACUGUUGCCCAAGAUUAAUAAGGAAUGUCUUGACUGUAAAUAUAAGAGCAGUAAUUUUAUUAAAUAUUUCUGGAAAAAAAAAGUG